AUGUUUGAUGUCGUACGGUCAGGUGCGUGUAUUGUAGACGUGGAAAUGUUAGAAGGACCCUUGGCCACGACGGAUACGAAGCCGCCAGGCUCGAGCAGUCCUGGUUCAGGCAGCAAUCUUGAGGGAGUGGCCGCCGCUGUGGCUCGGGGAAAGAGUUCCGCGCCUUCUAGCGCGGAAUCGGUGUGUCGAUCAGCGAUAGGCAAACUCCUUCGGUCGAAGCCACGGCUUGUGUUCCCCGUGUUCCCCGUGUUACCCGUGUUCCCACGUGGAAGGCAUGAUGACUCGUACGCAAGGUCUAGUGUCCAAGCUGCCAUAGAUGCACCGAGAUCUUCGACCCACAAUACCCGUGGCGUCACUUGUCGAUGUCCAAACCAAACCCCAGCAUCGGCAUGUCAACACAUGCCACAUGGUGAAAUGCAAAUACCACAAACCCUUUUUGGACAAUCGGAGAUUUGCUUCGGGCCGUUUGCAAAGAAUCUUGGACGCACAACGUUUGCAACAGCUCAGCGCUGGCACCGGCCAACGCACCUCAGCGGCAACCGCUGGUUCGCCCCCUGUCGCGCGCCUGCAGGUACGAGGUACACGGUUGCGGAUUCAGUUGGGCACAUUCGCCUAGCUUUCACUGCUGCGCAAUCUCCCAAACGCAGGCCCAACUUAGCAACAGGGGCUAGUCAAAUCUCCGGAAGACUCGUUCCCCCCGGCAUUCUAUCCCAUCGCAAGACAAUGGCCAUAUGUAGAUCCAAUGAUCAGGGCUUAGACGAAAUAUGGGCCGGGGAGGACUUCCAGUCGCGCAGCCGCACCGUUAUGUUUCGAUCUGAAAGCUCUCGUGCAGCCACCAGCCAGCCAUCGACUACGAAGGGAAGCUUUGCUCUGGCAAAUGAAGGCGUUGGUACACCACUUGAGCCUAGGAUGGAACCAUCAGCAGGCUCGUCUGCGCGUACUCCGGUAUUCAUGGAACUCGGAUGGCAAAUGUAG